UCCUCACACAUAAUCUUUUUGGGCAGAAAAAAUGUGGAGAUUUGGAUAUUAAUCAUCAAUUCCGUGCUGCUAAUUGCCACAUCAGAAACAGAGUAAAUGUGGAGGAGGAACUGAAAAGGUCAAAUUUAGCCUUCUCCGAAUUACUUCGGAAACAAACAUGUUCGAGAUUAAUAAUUAGUACGGAAUUACCACGUUGGAAAUCUUGUUAGGAAGGUGGCCAACUAGCAGAAGCUGUAAUUGGAAUUUAAUAUCUGUCUCAGGAUUAUUCUACUCUAAUAAUGGUUUGGCAAAGUCCAACAAAUAAACCAAACCUUCCUCAAAUACAUAUUUCCCAACUUGGCUAUGCUUAACAAUUUCAUGCCUAUCUUCAUUAUAACAAUUUUUAGCUUUUUGCCCCUUGUAUGACAGCAGCAGAAGUUAUGCCCCAAAACAAAACCCGUUGAUGGUUUAACAGUUUUAACAACAACUUCACAGACAAAUACCAAAACUAGCUGCUCUGCAUGCAUGCAUGGAAGGCAAAAAAUUUCCAAAUCUCGUAUGGAAAGCAUGGUUCCUCGAAUCUUUGUUCUAUCAUUUUCUCCUUUUUCUUCUUUCAUCUCUGCCUCUGGUACUCUGAUCAUUGUCUUUAUCUGCAUCAUCGUUUUCUCUGUUAUACUCUCCUUGGUCAUAGUUGCAGCCAUUUACAUCUUCUGCGAGUUUUUCUUCUGGCAUAUGCUAGAGAGAUGGCAAGGACAAGGUGAUGUUGAAGUAGGCAGACGAGUCCGCCGACGUCAUGGAGAUGUUCAUCAGCGCCCUUUGCAAGGGGAUGAAAUUUAUCCGGUUUCAGUCCAAAAUAAUCUGCGGAUUUUGGUAAUAUUGGACAGAAUUAUCAGAUCCAUCGAGGGAGGAGAUGACGUAAGAGAGCACGUGAGGCUUCAGCAAGCAUUAGAGAGAAUGCCGCCGCCAAUGUGUUUCGGAAAUCAUGAAUUAAGAUCAAGGUUCAGCAGUGAAUGUUGCAUUUGCUUGGAGGAGUACGAGACAGGGGAUCGAUGUCAAGUUUUCCCUGUGUGCAACCAUGUUUACCAUUCCAAUUGCAUUGACAAUUGGUUAAAGAAAAAUUCUACCUGCCCUAUUUGUCGAAAUUGUAUCUUACAUGAAAAUGAAUGAGAAAACAUAAAAAAAUUUGAAUCAAAAUUUGUCACAGCAACUGCAAAUACAAAACCGGCCAGGCAAUUUAAUUUGGGUUUUCAUCAUUACCCCCAAACUUAUACAUGUUAUUGAGUUAGGAAGUCAUCAAUUGGUUUUGAGACAAGGAAUUAAGGUUCUUACACGCUUAAAUUCAUGGUUACAAAAUUUUUGUUAUAUCUUUCUCUUAGCAAUAAUGUUCCUUUAACCAGAUAAUAAUGCAGCCUCAAAGGUACCAAUACAAAAUUAGUUGUCUUUCUGUGCUUGUGUACAUUGAUUUAGCAUGUUGAGGACACAUUUUUAUAAAUAAAUAAAUCCAUCUCCCUGUAUCCCAAUCUAAAUAAAGGCCUAAAACGAAACAUAAUGCGCCUAAAAAUAGAUCAAGAAGAAAAAGGCCAAAUUACGCGUUUUUUUUUUUUUUUUUUUUUUUUUUCUUUUUCUAGUACAGCUCUGUUAGCUUAAUUCCUAUCUUCUUCCCUUAGACCCGUUUUCACAACCCCAAGUUCCAUCAUCUAUUCUAUAUCCUUGAGAUAGAACUGUCAAAACCAAUAUAAGAUCAAAACAAAAGUGCAAACAAACAAAUUCCUGAACAAGAAAACAUGAUCAGCAUUUUGAAAAGAAUGCUAAAAUGGGUUUCUUAUUAUUAUUAUUAUUAUUUUUUAAAGAUUUUGAGUAGUAGUGGGAAAAAAAAAACUAAUAAUUGCAUCCAAAACUACCAUCAC